GCGGCGACCGUGUCUGUGGUGGCCGCGGCGGCGGCGAGAGCAACCGUCCCAUCUUCCCCUCCCCUUCGGCUCCGCUCGCCACACGCCCUCCGCUCGCGCCGAUUCUCCGCAGCUCCACGCGCCCUGGCUGAACGUUGAGCCUCUGGAGGAGUCGCGCGCUGUCAGAGCAGGAACGGGGACAGCCGCGGAGCCCGGGCCAGGAGGAGAACGAGGCGGUUGCCAUCACGAAAGCCAAGGUGGAUUUCUCCAGUGUCGUGUGCCUGCCCCCUUCCGUCAUUGCUGUGAAUGGGCUGGACGGAGGAGGGGCUGGCGAAAAUGAUGACGAGCCGGUGCUGGUGUCCCUGUCUGCGGCACCAAGCCCCCAGAGUGAAGCUGUUGCCAACGAACUGCAGGAGCUGUCCUUGCAGCCCGAGCUGACCCUGGGCCUCCACCCUGGCAGGAACCCCAACUUGCCUCCACUCAGUGAACGGAAAAAUGUGCUGCAGUUGAAGCUCCAGCAGCGCCGGACGCGGGAAGAACUGGUGAGCCAAGGGAUCAUGCCGCCUUUGAAAAGUCCGGCUGCAUUUCACGAACAGAGGAGGAGCUUGGAGCGGGCCAGGACAGAGGACUAUCUGAAACGGAAGAUUCGUUGCCGGCCGGAGAGAUCGGAGCUGGUCAGGAUGCAUAUUUUGGAAGAGACCUCGGCUGAGCCUUCCCUCCAGGCCAAGCAGUUGAAGCUAAAGAGAGCCAGACUGGCCGAUGACCUCAACGAGAAGAUCGCACAGAGGCCUGGCCCCAUGGAGCUAGUGGAGAAGAACAUCCUGCCUGUGGAGUCCAGCUUGAAAGAAGCCAUCAUCGUGGGCCAGGUGAAUUACCCGAAAGUAGCGGACAGCUCUUCCUUCGAUGAGGACAGCAGCGACGCCUUAUCCCCUGAGCAGCCCGCCAGCCACGAGUCCCAGGGCUCCGUGCCAUCACCCCUGGAAGCCCGAGGCAGCGAGCCACUGCCCAGUGCCACCUCUGUAUCCCCCACUCAGGUUGUGUCUCAACUCCCAGUGGGCCCAGAUUCCGGAGAAACGCUUUUCCUGGCAGAGCAGCCACCUCUGCCUCCCAGCCUCACCAACGGAACUGCGGUCCCUGCCGCCAAGCCCCCGCCCACGCUCAUUAAGCAAAGCCAACCCAAGUCUGCCAGUGAAAAGUCGCAGCGCAGCAAGAAAGCCAAGGAGCUGAAGCCAAAGGUGAAGAAGCUCAAGUACCACCAGUACAUCCCCCCGGACCAAAAGCAGGACAAGGGGGCGCCGCCCAUGGACUCCUCCUACGCCAAGAUCCUGCAGCAGCAGCAGCUCUUCCUGCAGCUGCAGAUCCUAAACCAGCAGCAGCAGCAGCACUACAACUACCAGACCAUCCUGCCCGCCCCGCCCAAGCCGGCCGGUGAGGCUCUGGGGAGCAGUGGGCCGCCCCCCAUGCGCAGCCUCUCCUCCACCAGCUCCAGCUCCAGCCCCGGCGCCUCGGGGCCCAGUGGGCUGGCACGUCAGAACAGCACCUCGCUGCCUGGCAAGCCGGGAGCCCUGCCGGCCAACCUGGAUGACAUGAAGGUGGCGGAGCUGAAGCAGGAGUUGAAGUUGCGGUCACUGCCCGUCUCGGGCACCAAGACAGACCUGAUCGAGCGCCUGCGUGCCUACCAAGAGCAAGUCAGCCCUGCCCCAGGAGCCCCCAAGGCCACUGCUGCCCCCUCCAUUCUGCCCAAGGCUGGCGAGGUGGUGGUCGCCUUCCCGGCAGCCCGGCUCAGCACGGGGCCUGCCCUGGUGGCAGCAGGCCUGGCCCCAGCCGAGGUGGUGGUGGCCACGGUGACCAGCAACGGAGUGGUGAAGUUCGGCAGCACGGGCUCCACGCCCCCCGUCUCCCCCACCCCCUCAGAGCGUUCCCUGCUCAGCACUGGCGAUGAGAACUCCACGCCUGGGGACACCUUCGGAGAGAUGGUGACAUCGCCGCUGACCCAGCUCACGCUGCAGGCCUCGCCACUGCAGAUCCUUGUGAAGGAGGAGGGCGCCCGGGCGGGGUCCUGCUGCCUGAGCCCUGGAGUGCGGGCAGAGCUGGAUGGGCGCGACAAGGACCAGAUGCUGCAGGAGAAGGACAAGCAGAUCGAGGAGCUGACCCGCAUGCUCCGGCAGAAGCAGCAGCUGGUGGAGUGGCUGCGGCUGCAGCUGGAGCAGGAGAAGCGGGCCCAGCAGCCCACGCCCGCCGCUGCGCCUGGCCCCGCUGCCCUGGGCAUCCCCGUGAAGCAGGAGAGCAGCUUCUCCAGCUGCCAGUUGAGCCCACAGCCUCUGGGCCCUGCUCACCCCUUCAGCCCCAGCCUGGCAGCCCCCAAUGCCCACCACGUAGACGCUUGUGCCCCUGUGCCCCCGGCCGUGGUGGUGAAGCAGGAAGCCGUGCUGCCUGAGCCGGAGCCCACGCCCACGCCCCAGCUGCUUCUGGGCCCACAGGGCCCCGGCCUCAUCAAGGGGGUCACUCCUCCCACCCUCAUCACUGACUCCACAGGGACCCACCUUGUCCUCACCGUGACCAAUAAGAACGCGGACAGCCCUGGCCUGGCCAGCGGGAGCCCCCAGCAGCCCUUGUCCCAGCCCGGUUCUCCAGCCCCGGGCCCACCAGCCCAGAUGGACCUGGAGCAGCCGCCACAGCCCCUCUUUGGGACCCCUACUCCUCUGCUGAAGAAGGAGCCACCUGGCUAUGAGGAAGCUGUGACCCAGCAGCCCAGACAGCAGGUGAAGAAGGAGAAUGGUUCCUCGAGCCAACAGAUGGAUGACCUGUUUGACAUUCUUAUUCAGAGUGGAGGUGGACACUGGUGUUCCCACCUCUUGGCUGCUGUGCACAUGGGUGGACAAGCAUCUGCUGGAGUCCCUGCUUUCACUUCUGGGUCAACACCCAGAAAUGGGAUUGGUGGGUCAGAAGAAAUUUCAGCAGAUUUCAAGGAGCCACCAUCCCUGGCAGGGAAAGAGAAGCCCCCCACGACAGCAGCCUGUGGGUCGCCCCUGGCCUCCCAGUCCCCACCUGCUGCUGAACUCCCCCAGGCUGCCCCGCCUCCGUCAGGCUCACCCGCCCUCCCUGGGCGCCUGGAGGACUUCCUGGAGAGCAGCACAGGCCUCCCCCUGCUGACCGGCGGACAUGAGGGGCCAGAGCCCCUCUCCCUCAUCGACGACCUCCACAGCCAGAUGCUGAGCAGCUCGGCCAUCCUGGACCACCCCCCCUCGCCCAUGGACACCUCGGAAUUGCACUUUGCCCCUGAGCCCAGCAGCAUGGGCCUGGACCUGGCUGACGGCCACCUGGACAGCAUGGAUUGGCUGGAGCUGUCGUCAGGCGGCCCCGUGCUCAGCCUGGCCCCGCUCAGCACCACGGGCCCCAGCCUCUUCUCUACGGACUUCCUCGAUGGCCAUGACUUACAGCUACACUGGGAUCCCUGCUUGUAGCUCUCAGGUUUGCUGGGGACGGAGGCGCUGGACAUGGGGGAGCCUCGGGAACUCUCGGGAGUUCGGCUCUCCUGCCUGAUCCAGUCUCUGUGGCUGCGAGUCCUGACAAUCACAGGUCCUGCUUUCCCUCCCUGGCUCGCUGAGACGCUGCCGAGCACCAGCUCUUGGGUCCCACCCUGGGGUCUGGGAGACCUGGAAAGGCCAGGGGCGUCCUAGUUGACCUCCUUUUGUGAGGUCGGAGGUGCCAUCAGGCUGCUGUUUGCUCAGGCAGGCAAAGCGUGAAUCCCCUUCCUUCUCGUCCCUGGGAAGGAAGAAAGAGCUGGGCCUCUGCCUUCCCAUUCCCCGUGACGCCAACUCCAGGGUCCCUGGGAAGGGGAGGGGGCUCCCUGCCAUUUUAGUGUCUUGAUGUAGUGUGACCAUUUAGUGGUUGAUGGCAAACGUUUUCUGUACAGUUGUAUAUACCUCUAUAUUAUAUAUCGCCAUACAUAUAUAUACAUAUAUUUUUUGGGCGGUGGGAGGCGGAUGCAGUCCCCUCCCAUUCUACUGUGCACAUGCAGAAGGGCCUGGAGACCAUCGCUCCCUGAGCCCCACCCAUCACGUGUGUUUGACAUGUAGACACCCUGUCACAGCCUGUCCUCCACCUGUCCUGCUCCUUAUCAGUGCCACAAGGGUCAAGGUGGUCUUGGCCACCCGCCCACAUUCCGUCCCGCUGCCUCACUGCAGCCACCACAGCCCUGAGUCAGGAGGGGGCCUGGCCUCCCUUCAGGCUGUCACUGUCAUUCAUAGGGGGUUGGGGAUGGAGUCACCAAAAGCAGUGCUGGGGCAGAGGUGGGGCAGCUGUGUGACCUUUUUAAAAUAAAAACAAAAACACGGGC